GGUGAACUUACGGCUAUUAUGGGACCAUCGGGCGCUGGAAAAACAACACUCAUGGAUAUCCUGGCAGGUUUUAUCACAUCGUCAUUCGAGGGAAGCGUCACGGUGAAUGGCAUUGAAAGGAACCUCGUUGAAUUUAGGCGUUCAUCGGCAUACAUUAUGCAGGACGACAAUAUGCAACCACUUUUCACGGUUGAGGAAGCUAUGCUUGUGGCAGCCGAUCUCAAAUUAACAUUGAAGCCACGUGAAAGAUUGCGCAGGAUCGAAGAAAUUUUGUCUGUGAUGGGAUUGACAGAAACGCGAUACACCCUUAUCGGUGCCCUAAGCGGAGGACAAAAAAAAAGAUUGGCCAUUGCAUUGGAAUUAAUUAACAAUCCGCCUAUUAUAUUUUUAGACGAGCCUACGAGCGGAUUGGACAGCGUCACGUCGAAACAAUGUGUCAGAUUUUUAAAACAAUUAGCAUUAGAAGGAAGAACGAUAAUUUGUACGAUACAUCAACCUAGUGCAUCGUUAUUCGAUAUGAUAGAUCAUCUGUAUAUAGUUGCUGAAGGAUAUUGCGUUUAUACAGGUGGAACGCAUAAUUUGGUGCCAUAUUUAAGUAGUCUUGGUUUACGUUGUCCUACACAUUAUAAUCCUACGGAUUUUAUAAUAGAGAUAUGUAACGGGGAUUAUGGUGAUCAUCUAUCGAGAUUAGUCGAAUCUGUUGAGAAUGGAAAAAGUAAUACUUGGAGAUCAUCGGUGAUAUUAAGUUUAGGUAAAACCGAAGAAAUCAUCGUAACGCACAUGUCAGCUUCUUCGAAAGUUUUACAACAGACGAAUAUACGUGUACCUUCAUUUGAAGUUGAAUACAAACAUACGACUUAUUAUGCUACAGGAUUUUGGAAACAAUUUCACGUUCUUCUUAGAAGAAAUGCAAUUAAAUUAUCACGCGACAAGAUAUUAACCCUAACACGGAUAUCGAUGCAUUUAUUAAUCGCAUUGAUAGUUGGUGCAAUAUUUUUCAGGAUUGGCCAAGACGCCACAUACGUUUUAGAUAAUUUUAAUUUACUAUUUUUUAAUCUGAUGUUUUUAAUGUUCAGUGCGUUCAGUUCUACGUUAAUAACUCUACCUUUGGAGUUGCCAAUACUUAUGCGAGAACAUUUCAAUCGUUGGUACAAACUACGAUCAUUUUAUCUGGCUAACAAAUUUGCCGAUUUUCCUGUACAAUUAACCGCAACUUGUAUAUAUACGUUAAUAGUAUAUUUCAUGAGUAAUCAAAUAUUCGAAGCUAAAAGAUUAAUACUUUACGUUCUCAUGUGCUUCGUAGUUUCUUUGGUAGCACAAGCGAUUGGUUUUAUAGUUGGCGUAGGAUUAACAGUACAGAAUGGUGUGAUAUUCGGACCGCUUAUAAUACUACCGUUUACAAUAUUUAGCGGAUUUUUUGUACACCUUAACGAUGCUCAUCCUUAUUUGCAUUGGUUGUUUCACAUGUCUUUCCUAAAAUAUGGUUUCGAAGGAACAAUGAUUACGAUUUAUGGAUACGAUAGACCAAAAAUGCAUUGUUCAGAUAUAUAUUGUCAUUUUGCCAUGCCCAAACAAUUAAUGAUAGCAGUUGGCAUGAAACAAGUUGAUUAUUGGUUUUGCAUGAUCGUAUUGAUCAUUUUGUAUAUUGUUUUAGAUACAAUAGCAUAUAUUAUAUUACGGGUAAGACUCAGAAAACGUAUAUAAUAAAUUAUAAUCAAAAUGAUACUUAUAUAU